AAAGAAAAAUGGGGAUAUCGACAAACGCACAGUCUGUAGGCCACAGAAUAUCGAACGCUAAAGGAGCUGGCCAGUAUUGGAAAAUAAAGUGUGUUUGUGAACAUUCUCCUGUUGGGAUGUUGGUGUGCUGCCUCGUGUGCGUCUCCAUGACGACAACCUGAGGAAGAAAACCGCUACAAAAGAGUCGAUCGUCUCGUAGAACUUUCACUUGGACCGGUAUAUCCACAGAGAUAAGAAAAGACGUAACAGCAUCAGAACAAGCCGCAAACACAAGAAUGAAGAAUCUUCAACCGUUCUGCCUGAAAAGCGAGUGCUUCGAAUUUCACGCUAAAAUUGAAAUUGAAAAGAAUUGAAUCGAAAAGAAGCGUAGUCCUUCGACAAUGGAGUUGGCGGAUGAAUCUCCUGACGGAUGGCCAUUCCAGCUGCACGUCGCAUCCAACUGCAGCAGUCCGAGCAUCGGUGGAAGAAGUGCUGUCAGCAACAGCAGCGGUAAUCCAUUCUGUCUCUUCUACUCUCCGACCAAUAAUUCGGUCCGCAACAACGUCAUCCAGAGCAGUCGAGCAUCAAAUUCCUGGAUUGCAUCUCUACGGAGUCAUAGCGGCCAUUCGUCAUUAAUUAGCAAUGCUUUGGAUAGUAGCCAACAUCACUACGAACUGUCGAAGCGAGACUGUUCCGGUCGGAUCAACUGCAAUGAAACCGGUGCAAUUCAGGGCAGAUCGUUUCCUAUCGACGGCCGACUUCCACUUUCGUCUCAUUCGCUUCCGUCUACUUCAUUCCGGCAAUGGGGCAGCCUAGAGUCGAUCCAUAGGAAUCAACGGCUUAAACUGUUGGCCGCCCAAUCCACCACCAAAGUCAGGUCGCUUUCGGCGAGGGAGUCGACAGCGGCCGCCGAGAGAUGGCGUUACAUUCAAACAGUACUGGAACGCCGUCGUAAGCAAAGUUUGGAACACAGGGAGCGUUUCAUUAGACGUCCACUCGACGAUAUCCUGCGCCAGAAAGCCAUCAGCCAAAGUGUUGAGCAAGGAGCUCCGUCGUGGGAUUGCACCGUAUCCGGACGAUCCAUCCUGAAGCGACGAACUGCCAACUGGCGGACGAGAGCAAACCGCCACGUUCAUUUCGACGCUAUCCAGCGAGAUGAGAUGGAAGAUUGCCAUGAUAACGACACUCGUCAAAGAGCGAAAUUGCCAAUCAUUCCCAUACCGGAGGAAACAGAAACGCUAGAAAACGAGAGCCCCGUGGCAAACGAAAUGGAUCAACGACUUCCUCCUCUAGCAAUUCCUUCCUCCGCAACCGGAAUCGCUGCGCAAGGUGCCGAAACGGAUGACACUUCGCAGCAUUUGUCUCCGGUCGGGCCUAGCUGGGUCGAACGCCAAGUGGCUAAAGUGCGUCAACGAAAGUUGUGGGCCUUCCGCCAGCAACAACAGCAAAUACAACAAAAAAUGGAUCAUCCGCCGCCUCGAGCAGUUCUUAAACGAAGUGUAUCAUUGGUCGUUAACGUCCCUGAUGACGAGAGCGACAGAGAUAGUUUGGAUGAAGAGGAAGACGAUCAAUCACAAAUCGAAUUGGACGAGAUUGCAAGACAUGAAUCGCUCGUUUGGCAAGUGAUGCUGGAUAAAAACGAGCUGUUAGAUCCGCCCGAUGAGCCUUCGAUCGACUACGCCGGAUGGCCCAACUUUCCCGCCAGGUUAGCCGUCUCCAUCCAGAAGCGACAGCAGCGCUUAAAAGAACGCAGAGCUCACCGGAAGGAAAAGAACCUGAACUGCAACGACGGUGAAAGAAGAAACGCAAACAAUUCAUUUAUUCGCCGGAAGCGGUUCGGCAAUAGACUGUCGAUGGCACUAAUCCGCCAAAGGAAAAGCAAAAUUAACGAGAGCCUAUUUUUAUCCAACGGUCAGCAUCCGGCUGAUCGGCUGGCCAACGAUCGGCAACCGGAUAAAACAAAUGCGGAAGAGAAAUUCGAUCCGGCUCCCAUCGUUCAUAAUCCGAAGCCGGAAGAUUCAGGCCAACAACAUUCAAAUGAUACCAUUUCUUUACAGAUUGCCGAAUGUCCGGAUGAGAUUGCAGGUAAUCUUUCGUCAAUCCAUCCGGAUGUGGUGGCAACAAUUGCGUCUGGCAAAGAAGUCAACAAAAUCUGGACGGCCGUCGCCACGGCGAAUCCACCGGACGCAAUCAAUGAAGAGGACGUGACCCAACCGACGAUGGAAUGCGCUUCCAUCAGCCAGGAAACGAUAGAAGCCGACGUCUAUUAUCACGUGGAAGGUCUCAAUCCAGUGGCUGAUUCGCUAGCCAAAGAAGCGGACGGCAAACGUUACGAAACAGCCGCAUCGGCAUUUCGUCUGUCUUCGGCCUGCGGACGACAGGAAGAGAUUACGGAUGAAUCAAUAUCGGACGUGACUGUAGAUGAUGGACCGCACCUUAUCGAUCAAUCGAACGACACGUCAGAUGCCAUUCCUACGAGGGGCAAGAAAAGAGAGGCCGGAAUGGCAUCCAGGCCGGAUGCCAUUCCGCCAGAGAUGUCUGUCACGGACCAAAUAGAAUAUCGCAUCGCAUCGGCGUUGCAGAAUUGCGACGGCACCAAUAAAGACAGCCCAGCUUCGUCGACGACGGCCGGCUAUUGUUCCGCGUGGCCGUUGCUGAUUUCAAAUCAAAAAGCGACGUCCAUUCCGCCGGCCGUGGCGACCGUUUCAUACUGGAAUAACUUUCAAGAUCCCACUUCAGAGAAGGUCCAUCAAGCGAAGUCGGCCAUUCCCUCGGCCUCAACGACAUUCCAUCCGAGCCCGGAAAACGAUCCGACUCAUCCAGGGGACUCGGCGAUGAUGAAAAAUGCCCUGGACAAAAAGACCAAAGACGCGCACAACGUGUCCAGGCUAUUGUCGCCGUCUCGCUCCUCCGUCCCGACGCAAACCGAGCCGCAAUCCGUUUAUGAUCAUCAAGAAUUUUGGCCGCCGGAAGCGGCCAAACUAAGCGACCCGAUCGACGUCAAAGAGCUGCGAGAAGCGGCCAACGAGUGUCAAUGCCUUCACAGGGCCGUCUUGACUUGCCUGUUGCCCGAGGCGGCCGAAACACUGGCCAACCUGGAACUGAUCCGUCGCCAACUGAAACGAGCCAGAAUCAGGAGACAAGAAAGCGAACAUCAACGACAGCCAUUGCAAGCGCGUCGCGACGUCUCCUUCGGCUAUCGAUCCCAACACGUAACACACACACACACACACACAAAAUAAAACCUUAAAAAGGAAACAAAAAUAAAUAAAUACAAAAUUAAAUCAAAUAAGAAUGUGAAACAACAGUUGCGAGAGAUUUUUCAUUUGUUUUUGUUUUUUUUUUCGCGCCCAUUUAUUAACUUCCCUCCUUUCGUAUAUAGAACCUUGAGCCGGGAGUGCGCAGACGCGCACUUUUUGUUGGACCUUUGGUCCGGGAGUCCCUCCUCUGUUGGAUUUUUUGUCGAGUUCGCCGACAGUGUUUGACAGCCUGUGCAUUUCAGUCGGUGAUGUUGGCUUAGUUGGAACACGGAGCACUGAAGCAUUUCCUUGCCAUUUUUGUUUGUUUGUUUGUUUUUUUUAAGUUUCUUAUUUGCUAUACCGCGCAGUGUCUCUUAUCUUCAUUCACGCGCUUCCCUUUUCUUCAUUCAAAUUUAUUCAAAUUUUUUAUUUUGCGGGGGGAGUGGGCUGAGGUUUUUCUCUGAAAAAAAAAUAAUAAUAAUUCUGCCAAGUGCGGGCAAAU